CAUGGCGGACACCGGACAGAAAAGUGAAUUAGAGCUGUUGUUUUUUGAUACUUUUUCACACGAAAACGCAGAGGAGCUAAAUUUAGACCUUGUUCAAUUUCCAAGACCGGUCCUUAUUCAAGAGGUCAGAAUUAUUCCACUGCAGACUAAAGUUCAAGCUGAUGUCCCAGGAGGUGUAAGAUUAGGGGCUACAAAUCCUUCUUCUUUUUCUCUGGAGUUGUAUGUGAACAACUUGAACAGACCUAACGCCGCAACAUUUGAAAAAUUAGGAAUCAUAAAUUACAAAGAAAAUGUUGAUAUUCAAAUGAAAACUGAUGCAGAGGUCCCAACAGAUGGAUUGAUUUUAAAAGGAUGGUACAACACACUAACAGUGGCUAUAUAUGGAUCAAUGACUGUGGUUAAGCCAGAAACGCUGUCUCCUCCACCCCCUCCCCCUCCCCAACCCAGGGCCAAACCAAGCACAGGUGGUGACUUACGAGUAAGCCAGGGCUCUGACUGGGAGCCACCAAGACAAGGAACCAAACCUCAGCAGCAGCACCCCCUGGACUACAUCAACCAGCAGGUGCAGGCUGCCCAGGCAGCUGCUCAUGCCGCUCACGCCAUCAUUUCCCCCUCAGCGGGCAUCCCUCCUUCACAGGCUCACAUAGCACAGGGGAUUCUCCAGCCUGGGAUACCACCUCAGGCGAAACCAGAUGUGUACCCAGAUCAGUAUCACCAGGGGGCUGCACACAGGCCAGAUUUCAUGGCAAGUCCCAACAUGGGAUUGGAACCUCGGGAUGCUCAUUAUGAUUCCAGGGGAGAGCCAAGACAGGGAAAAGAUGGUCAGUUUGGAUCUAAAUCUUAUGAGGAGGGAGAUUAUAGAGGAGGCAGUAGAGAGAGAGAAAACUCAAGGGACAGGGAUGUGAGGAGAGAUGUUGACAGAGAACAUAGGCAAAAAGAAUGGGAGAGGUUCAGGGAAAGGGAAAGAGAACGGUCAAGAGAGAAGGAGAGGGAUUUCAUAGAGCCAGAAGCAAGAGACUAUCCCAGAAGUCCCUCCAGGAGAAGAUCAUGGUCAAGGUCACAGUCCAGAUCAAGGUCAAGGUCAUGUUCAAGGUCACCAAGAAGAACUUCUUCAAGAUCUCCAAGGCGAUCAACCUCAAGGUCACCCAGACGAUCAAUGAGAUCUUUGUCACACUCUCCAAGAUCUUACUCUAGAUCACCACAGAGAAGAUCAAGGUCGCCUCAAAGAAGAUCAAGGUCACCAAUUAGGUCAAGGUCAAGAACACCCAUAAGAUCUAGGUCAAGGUCAUAUACACCAGAAAGACAAAAUAUCGUAACACCAAGAUCACCUGUGCAAACUCCUUUGUCACCGCGGUCACAGUCUCGAGAGCUUGAGUCUCCUAUACGACCCAUUCCUAGACACCCUAGAGACCCCUCACCCCAGUUCUUUAGGGAGCCAUCUCCAACACAGGAGGAAAUAAUGGAGGCGGGAGAGGUGAUAGAUGAGGUAGGAGAUGACACCCUGUUUGAGCCUCUGUCUCCUGAUGCUGUGGGAUACUCGGAUCAAGAUGAUCUCCAGGAUGCUGAUAGAGACUAUGAAAGCAUUUCCUCUGGUGAUGAGCUACCUAACAUGGAUGAAAUUGACCCUGAAUUACAGGACUUUCAGGAAAUUGAUGAGUCUUGUACAUUUCCAACUAUGUUCAAUCCAUUUACCAAGGAGUGUACACCCCUACUUACCUUCCCUGAUGUGUUUCUGACCGAGUAUCAACAAGAGAAACAAAAAUUAGAGAAAGCCCUGGAUAGCCAUAGGGAGUGUCCCCCAGAAGCCAAGGUCAUACUGUCUGUGAUUGACCAGUACCUGGGAGCUGAUCAUUAUGAUAAAUGGGUAAUUGCCUUAGAAGAGCUCCCCUCCAAUUUUCCCAAAGGUCUGUCAUGGCUGCUUGUUCAAGAAAAAAGGACAGACAUCCUGGACACCAUCAUUGACUGGGCGCUGGAGGGACUGGAUGAGGAGAAGGCCAUGAAUCAGCCAGAGAGUGCAUUCAAAAUCCGCCAUCUUAAGAUGGGCACCACGCUGGCCGGAGCUCUGUGUACCUGUGAUCCAGAUAUAUGUAUCCGGGCCCUGGAAAAAGAUGUGCAGACUAAAUUGCUGUCUUUGAUGGAAUCUCCAUACAUGUCUUUCUCACUGAAAUUACAAAUUGUGAGGAGCUUGGACCAGACCACAUUCUUUGUGGAUGGCAUACAGUGGCUUUUGGGGAGGCAUGUCAAGCAGCUCAACAAAGCAGUGGGUGAAAAGGACACUUGUUUCCAACGAAUUCUUACCUUGAUGCUUGGAAAACAGAACAUAAGAGUAAUUGUGGCCUUGAAAGCAUUAGUAAAGAAGAUCAAUGCAUAUGAAGUUCUCUGGAAGUUGAACACAGAAGUGAAAAGUUUGAUGGAAGCAGCUUCCAAGGCAGGGAAACAAGAGGAGCAUCCUGACACAUCCACCGACCAAGAGAUGGCGCCAAUGUCGGUCAUCAGUGAGGUCACUGUGGAUAGUAUUAUCUCCUACAUUAAAGAGGCCACCAAGCUCUUCAGGAUAGCACCAUACAUCAUUGCACAGUCUAGUAGAAGUUUGCCAGGAAAAGCCAUGUAUUCCAAGAAACCUCCUGCAAUAGACCCCUACCCUGGACUGUAUCACACAGUGAAAUCUUGUGGGACCCUAGAAUGCGUGUUUUACCUGCUGUCCAGCCCCCUAACCUUCGGUCACCCACAGUUAUUUGCGGCCGUCCAGGACCUGAUUCGGUCCCUGCUCCAGACUCUCCAUGGCCUGAGGUUCCUCUUCUCCAGGAAGGAUGUAACAAACGGCAUCAUCAAGUGUCUGUUACAGGUAUAUGAUGAUGGACAGGACGAUGGAGAAGAGAACCCGAUACAGCACCUGGGGGUGGAGAUGGUGGCCUAUCUUAAAACUCUGCAGUGUAUUGACGUCAUCCGCAAUUUUCUGAACAGAGCCCCAGAGAAACAGGAGAACUCGGACAUCAUCCCAACGCUCCAUGAGCUAUACACGAUCACUACAACCCCCCAGGGUCGGCAGACCGUGAUACAGGUCGUCAGCAUGGACACCAAUCUGGAGACUCUCCUGCAGCUGGUGGAAAAGAAAGGUGAAGAUGACAAGGACAAGAGAAAGAAGUCUGUUGUGGUGGCAUACACCAUGUCUUUGUUGCUUAUGAUCAUCAGACAUUCCACUAACAUGGGUUUGAUGGAGACCUACGGACCCAGACUGGUGGCCCUGAGUGAGGAGGAUUUCAGUAGCAAAUUGUUAGAGAUGCAGGAGUGGUUGCUUCCCUUUAAAACUGUCACUGAUUUGACACAAGAUGGUGUGGCAGCAGUUGUAGGUCAUCUCAAACAGUACACCGAGGACCUCCAGAAAGUCCCUCGGAGCCUCAUCACAACCAUGAGGACCCUGCGCUAUAUUUCUAUAGCCCCAGAAAAUCCCUACCCAGAUGAAGUAUCAGAGGAGCUGAAGUAUAAGUAUGCCUUGGUUGAAAUGUAUGGCCUGGAUUGUCUCAGUAUCUGUACAACAAUAUUACAGAAAGUGUCUGAGAUCCUUCUACGUCCCUGGCAGAGAGGAAUCAUCCAGAGCUCGGAGCAGAUCACUUACCACCUGUCUGUGGUGAAGCCCACCCUAGAAAUUGUACAACACACCCUACAGUAUCUCAUCAAGGCCAGGGCCACACAGUUUAAGGACCUGACCGGUUUACCUGUUCUGUUUGAGUUACACACAGUUCUGUGUUCUGUUCCAUUGUCUUCUAAUCACAUGGAGGAACUUCAGGAGAUACAGAAGAUGAUCCUGGAUACCCUGUUGGCCUACACACAGCCUCUACCGACCCAGGCAGAGACAGAUGAAGCCUUAAGUGAGAGUUUAUGGACAAAGACCCUGAAGGAGUUGAUUAAGUACACGACAAAGGCCCCCUACACGUACCUGAGUGGAUUGUUGAUCCUGUCCGAGAUGUUACCUCUGCCCCUCCCCAUACAGACAAGAGAGUCUCUGACAGAGGAGGAAGUGAGUGCAACGGUCAACAACAGGAAGCUGUGGAGCAUCCACCUUCACUGUCUGAGUCAGCAGGUCCAGGAAAUGAUCCAGAUUCUGGCCACAUCCACCUGUCAGCCAUUACAACUUGUUCUACGCAGAGUCUGCUGGCAGCUCUCUGAUCUAUCGGCGGCCAGUGCUAUAAUGGUGGCUAGGUGUAUAUUGGACAUGGUUGUGAUGAGUUUUGCCACAUUGAGACGACCCCCAGAAAAAAAGGAUGAAGGGGAGACUACUGAGGAAAAGAUGGAGAGAAUUGCCUCCCCUUAUGCCAGCAAAAUGCUUAAUCUACUUGCCUAUGUUUUAUCUCAGCCUUCAGUGAAAUGUGCAGCCCUGCAGCUGAUGACCCAGAAUAGUGUGGAUUCAGAUACAUCAAAGUAUGGAGACCUCUUGCCUCAGAUGUUGGAGAUCCUCAACACUGUGUGUGAGACAAACCCUCAUGUGAACAGUCAGGAGUGCAUUGUGUCCAUCAUCCAAAGUUUGUGUGACCCUGAGGUUGCUCUUGUUAUGGGAGAAAACAUUUCUAUUCAAGACCAGAUUGCCUAUGCCCUGCCAAAUGGUAACUACAUGACCCAGAUCACCACCGCUCUGCUGGAUCACAUGGGCAGUGCUGACCACAGCUACGCCUCCAUUUUGCCCUGUGUCCGCACCCUGGUCAUGUUGACAGACCAUGACUAUGGAUUCUACUACUUGAAGAGUGUGUUGGAGCAGAAGACGACAGCCAUUGGUCGUCUGAUGGUGCGGAUCAACACAACCUUUAGCAAGGACAGCUCCGACUGUCUGUCUACUCUCUCCACACUGUUGGAAUUCCUGCGUUUGCUGAUGACAGUGAAACAGCCGCUGGACGAGACGCUGACUCCCCCUCGGACCUACACCCUCUCUCAACAGGAGCUCCAAGAGGUCCUGUCCUGGAACCCGAGCAUGGAGAACCACCCACUGCUUGACCUGGAGAAACUUGUGGAGGAGAGUGCAGAAGAUGAGGAGACGCUGGAGAGUUUGUAUGAAAGUAUGACAGGACUGAUGAAGAUGUUGAGGGAACCAGAAGCAAAGGAGAAAAAAGUGUUGAUGGAGCCCCCACCUGUGCAGGAGUCACUGGCUUACCUGUACAGUAAGCGGGCAGUGUACGUGGUGACAGAGGUGGAGGACGACCGACUGAACCCCGAGUAUUGGCUGUCCAAUCCCUCGCUAGAUGUGGCAGACAUAGAGCCGGACCUGACUAUGGCCGACAUGCAGGACAUGUGUAGGAGGUACUGCCCAGAGUUCAACCUGGAGGAAGAGCUCAAAAAGACGGUCAUCACGUCACAGGUGGAGGUCACGAAACCCAGGCGCAUCAAGAUAGGGGACAGAAGAAAAUCACAAGAAAUCAGUAUUUACAGAGGCAGAGGUGCAAAGAGACCAUUUGUGGCCCCAAUGAGAGGUCGAGGGAUCGCCCGGGGGAUGAUGGGAGGGGGUGGUAGGAUGGACUCCUUCCGGACUAGGACUCCCAACACAAGCCGGCCCCCAUCCAUGCACGUCGAUGACUUCAUGAAGCUGGAAAAAGGUCAAAACGAGAUUAACUCCAAUGCUGUGUUACCAAUCAGAAGAGUGGAUUCUCUCAUACAGAGGGAUGGUACCAGAAACACAGGAAGAGGGAGAGGUGGUUCCUUUGACAGGGGAAGUAACCGUGGAAACAGGGGUAGAAACAGUUUUUUCACUCCUCCGGGAAAUUACGCCAGACGGGAAUCCAAUAAUAUUUACAUAGGUGGAGGGGGAGUGAAUGCCAUCAGCACUAGCGGUGGAAACAGGGGAGGAGAUUACAUCAACAGCCGGCCCAACCAAAGCUUCGAGAGCUUCGGCAGGGUUAGCCUUCACCCUGUAUCAGCAGAGAGACCGAUGAACACAGGGCGGGACUUCCGUUUUGGGGGACAAGAUGGAAGCAAUUUGUAUCACCCUAGAGACAACAACCAACAAGCAGGAAGGUUUAUGGGUGAUUUCCGUGGCCCUAGGGACAAUUCUGACCGGGGAAGACAUGCCAGAUCCUUCACCAAGUGACACUCUGAGGAAGUCUCCCAGAUAAUAGGCUUUUUCUGCAGAUGUUUGUGCUUGUAAUAUGUUGUGUUAGAGACAGCAGCUAAUCUUUGUUAGUGUUUUCUGUUGUGUAUAAGUGGAUAACUUGCUUAAGGUCUGUCAAAUUCAAUAACUAUUUGUGUAAAAUCAAUACUAUAAGACUGGUAUUUUGACUGUACCAAUUUUAUUAAUUGAACUAUAAGAAAUCAAAUCU